AUGGCGGACCAGGCAAAGGCCAGCAGACAGGUUUCUCAACAGGCCGAAAGUGUUUCUACAUCAGACAACGACUCAGUCGAGCUUCAGAGGAUAACGACGAAGUCUGCAGGUGACAUACUGUCGCUUUCGCCUCGAACACCAGCUUCAGCAGAGUACGAUGUGGAUCCCACCACCGCCGCCGAGCUCGCCGCAACAGUCACACAAGCUAUUUCUCCCCAUCGAACUGUCACAGCUUCCGGAUUGAAUCUCUCGUCGGAUGUACUUGAUCCAAAGAGUCCCUCGUUCAACUUCCGCCUGUGGGCUAAGUACCUCGUCUAUCAGCUUGAGAGCACUGGUAUUCGAAGGCCACGAGUCAGCACAACGUUUCGGAAUCUCACCGUGACAGGCACCGGCGAUGAGAUCAUGCUGCACAAGACUGUUGGCUCUCUCCUCACGGCACCCUUUGGGUUCGCCAAAGUUCACAAGAGACGACACAACGCAAAGCGGACCAUUCUGAAUGGCUUCAACGGCUCCAUCAACACCGGAGAGAUGUGUAUCGUUCUUGGACGGCCUGGCAGUGGAUGCAGUACGUUCCUCAAAGCCCUCUCUGGACACCUGGAGGGCGCCAAGAUCAGUAAAGAAUCGAGCAUCAGAUACAGCGGUGUAGCACAGGAAGACUUCGGGUUGCACGGCGAGAUCCUAUACAACAAGGAGAACGAAUCACACUUCCCUCACCUUACGGUCGGACAGACACUGCACUUUGCCGCUGCUACUCGCUCGCCCGCGGAGAAUGUUCUCCAAAUGCCUCGGAAGGACUUCUUGAACUACAUCGUCGACAUCGCUCUCAACGUCUACGGCUUGACUCAUGCUCGACAUACACGUGUCGGCAACGACUUCAUUCGCGGCGUGAGUGGUGGCGAGAGAAAGCGCGUUAGUAUAGCCGAGAUGGCAUUGACCGGUGCAAUGGUUGGCGCAUGGGACAAUGCGACACGUGGUCUUGAUUCCGCCACUGCACUCGAAUUCGCCCGUGGUCUCAGAACGUCGGCCGAUGUCUGGGGAUCGAGCCAUAUUGUGGCCAUUUAUCAAGCCAGUCAGUCUACAUUCGACCUCUUCGACAAAGCAAUAGUUCUGUAUGCGGGACGCCAGAUCUACUUCGGGUCGGCCAGCAAUGCUGGUGCCUACUUCGAGGCAAUGGGAUGGCAGCGGCCACCACGAAUGACGACUGGAGAUUUCCUCACCAGUGUAACGAAUCCGACUGAACGCGCGGCUCGACCAGGAUUCGAAGCACGUAUUCCCAGAACUCCAGAGGAGUUCGAGAAUCGAUGGCUGCAGUCCGAAGAGUACAAACAAUGUCUGGCCGAUAUCCAGGAGACCUUGCAUGCUGCCGGAGAUGGCAACGAGGCUCUACAUCAAUUCCAAGCACAUCAUCACAUGGUCCAGUCGAAGCACUCUCGACAAAAGUCACCUUUUCGAAUCAGCGUACUCAUGCAAAUCCAAUUGUGUAUCCACCGGUAUUACCAAAGAAUAUGGAACGACAAACCUUCUACUAUCUCCAAAGUCGUGGCUCAGAUCGUUCAGGGUCUGAUAGUCGGUAGCAUCUUCUAUGGUACACCCGACAGCACAACGGCUUUCUUCAGCAAAGGAUCUGUGUUAUUCACGGUCGUUUUGGUCAAUACACUGAUGUCAGUCGCCGAGAUCCCAACCCUCUACAAUCAACGCCCUAUUGUCGAGAAGCAUGCUCAGUAUGCGCUAUACCAUCCGGCUGCAGAGGCUCUGGCAAGCGUCAUUGCGGACUUGCCUAUCAAGCUCUUCAUAAGCACGUGUUUUGGCGUCAUCAUCUACUUCUUGGCUGGUCUCAAGCAGGAAGUGGGCGCAUUCUUCGUCUUCUACCUCUUCACGACAGUCACGAUGCUCACCAUGAGCGCCUGCUUUCGAUGCAUCGCGGCGGCCGCCAAGACAGUACAGUCCGCAAUGGCGUUCGCUGGCCUUGGCAUUAUAGCCAUUGUCAUCUAUACAGGCUUCACGAUCCAGCGUCCCCUCAUGCAAAAUUGGCUGCAGUGGAUUAGCUGGGCAAAUCCUGUUGCAUAUGUAUUCGAAGCUCUACUCACCAACGAGGUGCAUGGCGUCGUGUUCGCUUGCACUGCAACGUCCCUGGUCCCUCCGUACGGCGAGGGAGACGCGUUUCAAUGCGCCAUGCCCGGUGCCGUCGCUGGACAGAAAGGUGUUCUGGGCGACGACUGGGUCUCUUCGGCGUACGAAUACAGCUACGAUCAUCUAUGGCGCAACUUCGGCAUCGUGAUAGCGUAUAUGCUCGCUUUCUAUGCACUGUAUCUGGUCUUGUCCGAACUCAAUUACAAAGUGCCAUCGAAAGGCGAGGUGCUGGUGUUUCGACGCGGAUGGCAGAUUCACGAGAAGGACAGUGUGCCAUCCGAGCCUGGAGCUUUGAGCCUCAUGCCCCAACCAACAGAAGUGUUCACCUGGCGCGACGUCUGUUAUGACGUGCCUGUCAAAGGCGGCACUCGUCGGCUCCUCGACACCGGCGCAGGCAAAACAACCCUUCUUGAUGUGCUUGCAAAUCGAACGAAUGUCGGCGUUGUUACUGGAGCCAUGCUAGUGAAUGGCAAGCCCGUCGAUUCGUCCUUCCAGCGCAAGUCUGGUUACUGUCAGCAGCAAGACGUUCAUCUCGAGACCGCCACCGUUCGAGAGGCUCUUCAGUUCUCGGCCAUGCUCCGACAACCGAAGUCCGUGUCCAAGCAGGAAAAGUUCGAUUAUGUGGAACAAGUCAUUAUUAUGUUGGGCAUGCAGGACUUCGCCGAAGCUAUUGUCGGCGCCCCUGGUGAAGGCUUGAACAUCGAGCAGCGCAAGCUUCUCACUAUCGGCGUUGAACUUGCUGCGAAGCCGGCGUUGCUGAUCUACCUCGAUGAGCCAACCUCAGGUCUCGACUCGCAGUCAUCUUGGUCCAUCAUCUGUCUCCUCAGACGCCUUGCCGACUCAGGGCAGGCUAUUUUGACCACCAUUCAUCAGCCGUCGGCCAUCCUCUUUCAGCAGUUCGACCGGCUGCUCUUCCUUCAGAAGGGCGGCAAGACAGUCUAUUUCGGCAACAUCGGCCCUAAUUCGAGGACGCUGGUCGAUUACUUUGCAGCUAGUGGCGCACGUCCUUGCGGCGACGAGGAGAACCCGGCCGAGUACAUCCUGGAGGUUGUUGCCGGUCCACAGGCCCCCAAAGAUAUUGAUUGGCACACGAACUGGAAAGCAAGCACUGAGUCGCAGACCGUUCUCUCUCAAAUCGAUGAGCUCCACGAGCAGUACGGCACGAAGACUGCGACAACUGAAAGUUUCACUGACGUCGCGGCCAUCGACACCCAGUACGCCAUGCCGACCUUGACUCAGUAUCUGUACGUAACCAGACGUGCCUUCCAGCAGUAUUGGCGUACUCCGUCAUACAUCAUCGGAAAGCUCGGACUCUGCACUGCCUGUGCCUUGUUCGUCGGGUUCUCCUUCUGGCAGCCCGAUAGCUCCCAAGCCGGAAUGCAGAAUGUCAUCUUCUCGAUCUUCAUGAUCUUUACGAUCUUCACACCACUGGUACAGCAGAUCAUGCCGCGCUUCACAACCUCCCGCGCACUGUACGAGGUUCGGGAACGGCCCUCACGCAUGUAUAGCUGGUCCGUCUUCAUGACAUCCAACAUCGUCGUUGAAGUCCCCUGGCAGGCUCUGUCCGCGGUGCUGGUCUUCGUAUCCUGGUAUUUCUCCGUCUUCGGAACCGACAACCCGGUCAAAACCGAUUUCACGGCUCUCGCAUUCUGCUUGACCUUCUACAUAUACGUCAGCAGCUUCGCGUUCAUGAUCAUCGCGGCUCUGCCCGACGCGCCAACUGCUGGACCGAUCAGUGCUCUGCUAUUCAGCUUGAUGAUUACCUUCUCUGGUGUGCUGCAGAAGCCAGAUCAGCUGCCCAAUUUCUGGCAAUUCAUGUGGAGAGUCUCGCCCUUCACAUACAUGCUUGGCGGAUGGGCUGGCGCUGGACUGCAAGGAAGGGAGAUCAACUGUGCGGCAAACGAGUUUGCAAUCUUCAACCCACCUAGCAACAUGACUUGUGCGGAGUACUUAACGCCAUACUUUCAGGAAGGUGCUCUUGGGCGUUUGCUCGUGCCCGACGCCACGAGCGACUGUCAAUAUUGCCCGCUGCAAAAUGCGGACCAGUACUUGGCGAUGAGCGAUAUUUAUUCUUCCGACGUUUAUCGCAACCUGGGGAUCUCGUACGGCUAUAUUGUCUUCAACAUAGCUGCGGCCGUCUUAUUCUACUACCUCUUUCGAGUAAGGAGGAUUUCGUUGUUGCGGAGUUUGAUCCAGGGAAUCGUGCGGCUUAUCAGGACUGUCAAGCCGCACAAGGCUACGGAAUGA